AUGGAAACUACCUUCCCCGUCAUGAUGGAUUCAACAGACCGUCCAACCCGAAGUGAAAUCGGUGCAUCGCCGAUGGUUGUUCAGCAAUAUGCGCGAUACCCGCAGACGCUAGAAUCGUCACUCCGCAGUGCCUCAUCAUUAGGGAGUGCGCGCAGCCAGGCGGAAGCCCACAAAUCGCCUUCUUUGCAUCGUAAGGGAACCCCCAGAAGCGUACAGUCUUCUCCGAGGGGAAUGAGAUCUGCUAUCCCCGCAUCAGCUGUGCGCUCAGGGCCGUCAAUGUCACCACCUGUGUUUGAUGCCCUGCGUCAUGCGCCGAUGAAAGAUGCAACCGACCAAGCAGAGUCCCGAGUCCUACCAUCGCGCGAUAUCACUGAUGACAAUAUUGAUGACGCAUAUGUAUUGUUUAUCUUCUACUGCAAUCCCAAUGUCCCCUCUUCCGUUGACAGCUCUGAGCUUCGAAAGACAUUUCGCUGUCCUCCGCGCAGCGAUGGCAAAAGCUUUAGCGUCUUUAAGUUAUAUGAAUUGAUUCGAAAACUUGAUAACAAGGAGCUUAAAACAUGGAUCCAGCUGGCAAUUGAGCUUGGCGUCGAACCUCCGUCAAUGGAAAAAAAGCAGAGUACACAGAAAGUCCAGCAAUAUGCCGUUCGACUCAAGCGCUGGAUGCGUGCUAUGCAUGUCGAUGCAUUCUUCGAGUAUUGUCUUGGGCAUCCCCAUGCAUACUACACCCAGUUACCGCCCUCUGGUCCGUUCGUCAGUGAAUCCCGUGAUGGAGUGCCAUUAGAGGAGGACCUUGCUCUUCGAGCUCUUGUUCCUCAAUGGAAGCCCAAGAGGGGCAGAAAAAGAGCCGACGAAAGGGAGCUUGAUGAGGAAAAAGCGACCAAAAGACCAUCAUUAGAUACUUCGGUAGGAAGCCUACCGCCAGGUGGCUUUCAAAACCACUCCGUCAUUUUUCCACACAGUGCUAUACCCUUCAGCGCCUUUCCUGAAGAUGAUCCGUGGAUGACAGCAAAUUCCUCAUUUCCACAACCUGGUACAUCGGAACAACAAGGUCAGGAUUUACGUUGGCGGCUUCCAGAUCGAGAGACAUCACCAGCAGGCUAUCCCCAAUCCGCAAUUCUUCCACGAGGUCACCAGCCAGAUAUUAUCAUGUCGGCCGAGCCGCGUUCUGCCGUGACGCCAUCAUCCGGAGAGAAAACUCGUGCCAAGCGCAAACAUGGCCCCGCAGUCUCAUCCGCCUGGCCAACUAGUAAUAGCUCAUCCAAUGGCAAAAGUCGAGGCAGACCUCCCAAUAAACCGUCAUCUGGUUCCUUCAAUACAUUUCAACUCCAGCCAAGCAGAGAGUCCUCACAAGUACCACCGAUUUCCGUUUCUCAAUCAUCUCCACUUGUAGUGGAUCAAAACGGCACGCCAAGCACCGCGCCAACAUCAUCCUAUAAUCAAUUAUCAACGCCUGCAACCCAAGGCAGGCCAGGGAAGCUUCAACUCCAAGUUCCACAGCACAUGGGCGCCCCUGUACGACUUGCCACGCCCCCAACAUUACUAGUCAAUGGCGUCAAUGGGGGAGUCACUUCUCAGCAUACAGAAUCCCAUGCCGAACCUCAAGUUCAUCCGCAAGCUCAUUCCUCGGCACUUCCCCAAACUCACCCUCCAGCUCACUCCCAAAUACCUUCUCAGACUAGUCCCCAAAUGCCCAAUCAGCCUCAGCCUCAAGCUCAUUCUCAGCCACAUCAUCAAGCUCAUCCCCAUUCUCAUCCCCACGCCCCUUACCAUGCUGAUCACAGAGGUCUCGGUGAACCUGGUCCCACUGUGGAUCAGAGGACUACAACAAGCGCUCCAAAGAUACCGUUCGACGAAAUCAUCCGCGCUCUUUCAAGUGAGCUGCUAGUAGCGCGCGUGAUGAGACCCACGCCACUAAGCUCCGAGGAGGCUCACACACUGGCUGCCAUGAUGGUAUUCAAUUCAUCUGCCCAGUAUUCAAAACUACCAAUUGAGCUACAUUCCUACCUCCUGGCCUAUAAUCUCGGUGUGGGGCACUACUUUGGAUUUUCGGCGCCUCGGCAGGUACCCAUGGUUGUUCAUAUUGAACACCCGACCCCGGAUGCGGAUGAUCAGGCCUCGGGCCCAAAAGAGCCUCGAUACAGUGUCUCAUUUGAUCACAACCCCACUGGUAAUUUCUCAACCCAUACAGCUAUUGGAAACAUCAAUCCUGCGAUUGCUUUUGUUGGGCCACCACCCCAACCGCCUGCUCCGCCUCCCGAUGCUCUAAGGAAGAUCUCUGAGAAUGACGAUCUGUCAAACAUUGACAUGGGGGAUGAUGACGUUGAUCAUGCCGCCUCUGAUGCUACCUGGAAGCAACGAUUUAUGAAACUUCGAUCUCAAAUGCAGAGGAAGGAUCGUGCUCUGUCACAGUACAAGCGUAAAAUUGUUGAAUCAGUUAUGGCUGAUAUUUGA